GUGUCUCCUUCUCUCGGUGUCUCCGUCUCUCGGUGCUUCUCUCCCCGCUGCUGUCUCCCUGUCUCGUUGUCUCUCUGCGCCUUUUCGCUGCCUCUCAGAGUCUUUCGUUUUUAGUUUUUUUUGCCGCUCGUGUCUCUGGCUGCUCCUCGCCCCACCUCUCGGUGCUGUAGAGGAGUCUCCGUGCGAUCCAGGCCGAUCACCCCCUGCUGCUCGUUAGAGGGCAUUCGAGAGGGCAGCUGGCAGCCAUGUCCCCCAGCCUUGCCCAGGCGCACAGCAGGCGCUGGUGGAUGGCCGUGAGCGCCGUGCUGGAGAAUCUGCUGCUGAGCGCCGUGCUGCUGGGUUGGGGGUCCCUGCUCAUCAUGCUCAAGUCGGAGGGGUUCUACUCGCACCUGUGCAGCGACAGCCCAGCGAACCACAGCAACGCGUCCUCCUCGCCCUCGUCCUCCUCGCCCUCGUCGGCGGUGCUGGCCCUGCUGGCCGGGAACGCGAGCACGCCUCCUCCUCUUCCCCCACUCUCCGCGCACGCCCGGGGGUGGGCGGUGUGCCGCGAGCAGGACGAAGUCCUGAACCUCGCCUUCACCGUGGGCUCCUUCCUGCUCAGCGCCGUCACGCUGCCCCUAGGCAUCGUCAUGGACAGAUACGGCCCGCGCAAGAUUCGCCUCGUGGGCAGCUCAAGCUUCAUGCUGUCGUGUCUUCUCAUCGCGUAUGGAGCGAGCAACCCCAAGACUCUGUCCGUGCUCAUCUUCGUGGCGCUGUCGCUGAACGGCUUUGGCGGGAUGUGCAUCGUCUUCUCCUCCCUCACGCUGCCCAACUUGUUUGGGAACCUGCGCUCCACAUUCAUCGCGCUCAUGGUGGGCUCCUACGCCUCGGCCGCCGUCACCUUCCCCGCGGUCAAGGUGCUGUAUGACACGGGCGUGCCCUUUGUGUGGCUGCUGCUGGGCUGGGCACUGCUGGCGGUGCUGGUCUUCACCAACUGCUUCCUGCACUGGCCCCUGGAGCCGUUCCCCGCUCCGGAGGAGAUGGACUACGCGCUGAGGAUGAAGCUCUCGUGGCUGGGCCUCGACCACAGGGUGACUGGACCCCGCUUCUCCUCCUACCUCUCCUCUGUGGGCCAGCGCCUGAGCACGACCCCCGGGGCAGACGCAACAACCAAGGGCCGGGUGGAGGGUUACCUGGGGGCCCCCAACGCGCCCGCUGGCAACGGGCCGCCGCUGCUGCCGCCGCCGCCCUUCACGCGCAGCGUGUGCACGCCCAUCCUGCUCUGGAGCCUGGUCACCAUGUCCGUCACGCAGCUGCGACUCAUCUUCUACCUGGGCGCCAUGAACUCCAUGCUCGAGUUCCUGGCCGAGGGCGACGAUCCUGGGGCAGUGAUGAACACGGUCGGCUGGUUCGCCUCCAUGUUCGGGAUGCUGCAGUUGCUCUGCCUGCUCACGGCGCCCAUCAUCGGCUACGUCAUGGACUGGAAACUCGACGAGUGCGGAGGGGGGGAGCUGGAGCCCCCCACGGCAGGGCCCCAGCACCAGCCCCUGCGGAACGGGGAUGGCCCCGUGACCCCCAGGAAGGUGAAGUUCAGAGACAGGGUGAACGUGGGGUUGCUGGUGCUGUCCCUGCUGGGCUUCUGCCUCCCUUUGUACCUGUUCUCCUUCAGCCGUGGACUCAAGAAGAAGCAGAGACUCAUGGCCCCGGACUCGGGGUCCCCGGGAGGCCGAGAGGAGGCUCGAGGACCGGAGCGUGAAAAGCCCCAGGGGGAAACUCCUCAUGACUUCCAGCUGACAUUGGAGGAUGUUACCUCAGCAGCAUCGAUGUGGGGGCUCCAGGCUUACAGCCCCUCAGCUCCCUAG